AUGCUACUGGUUUCACCCAAGAAAACUAGAUCUGGUUUCCGCGAUAGGAGAGGUGGGGUUGGACCAAAUGGAAAGUCUAGUUUUCCUCGUCUUGGAGCUGCUGCCACUCGGCCUAUUGUAGGGAAUGGGGACUCGAAUCCACCUGACUGUGGGAUACCGGUGCAACGAGCAGAGGAUGAACGAGAGAAAGUGUGUACAGCAAGGAGCAGAUGGAAUUGGUAUGUAGACAUGACAGGGAAGAGGCUUCUUCUAGGAGUCCACUUCAAGCACCCCUCGGGGUUCCUUUUGGUGGGGCUUGCAGAGCUCUGCCUGCUUCACGUAUUGAGGGACCGAGUGGAGCAAAUUGCUUUAGCGCAGGGUCUAAAUAGAGUGUCUCUGGAGUGUGCCAACGCACUGAACCAGGGUUUAGAUUCUUACAUCACGGGAUUUUGCUUAGAUCUUGCCAAGCCAAAUAGUAGCGCGCGUCAGAAACAGAAAGUCCUUUCGUUGCAGGAAUUUAGAGUUGCUAUGGAGCUGAAUCUGCGGCAACUUGGCGAGGACUGGCCAUUGUUGCUAGAGAAAAUAUGUGCACAUGAAUUUGAAGAAUGA